CCUCUGUUUCUUGCAGCGUGGGGUCGCAACAUCCCGGUGGUUGUCAAGGGCCUUGCCAAUAUUCAGGGCUCUUGGCAUCCGGAUGUGUUCAUCACAGAAUGCGGCAGCGAUCAAGUCACACCCGUCGACUGUAUCACGAACUCUGAAGUAGAGCACCCUUGCACGAUCGCAGAGUACUUUCAUGCUUUCAAAGAAGGUUGGUUUGAGAGCCCACGGAAACUCAAGGAUUGGCCUCCAGCAGAGUAUUUCCGCAGCAAGCUUCCUCAAUUUCACGAGAGCUUUGUCGGUGCACUCCCUCGAGGCGCCCAAGAUGUUGCUUUGCCGUCUGGUGUGCAAAAUCUUGCCACAUUUUACCCUUUGAAUGGAAACACGCCAGAUCUAGGCCCUAAACUGUAUAUCGCAACUGGUGAUCCCAGCAACUCUCACGGAACGACGAAGUUACACCUAGAUGUGACUGAUGCAGUCAACAUCCUCACAUACGCCCCCGAACCCUCUAAACCCGCAGCAGUUUGGCACCUCUUCCCUCCAGAGUCUCUUGCCAGUCUUCGACAGUACCUGCUAAUUAUCAGUCAAUGGUCAGAAGCAGAUGGAGACCCCAUUCAUUCUCAGCAGAUUUAUGUCACAGAGGAUAUGUGCACGGUCCUGAAAUUGCAGUACAAUGUCCAUGUGGUCAGGAUUGAGCAGUAUCUCUCUGAUGCUGUUUUCAUCCCAGCCGGAUGGGCUCACCAGGUCCUUAAUGUCCAGAAUGCUAUCAAGAUCGCUUGCGACUUUGUAUCUGUGCAAAACCUCAGCGUGACCGCAAGCCUCAUGUCUAAACAACGUGAGCAUCGCAUCAAGACUAAUGGACACGGUGAAGAUAUCUUGCAGCUCGAUACACUUAUGUAG